GCCAAACACUGUCAAUCUUCGGCUCUCAACAAAUCUCAAAAGCCCUUUACUUUUUCCUCCGUCUAUAAAUAAUAAAUAAUAAAUAAUUAGGACUCUCAAGCCUUGCUCCCUCGACCACUCCGCUUACUUUCCUUUACUUGCUUUCACCCCUCAGAUCAGCAGCCAACCACCCCCGCUUCUUAUAUCGGUAAAACAUGUCGACUGUGAGGCUUCCUUCCACCUGCAUGUUCAAAGCUGCUCCUCAGACUCAGAAAAAGAGCGCAUUUGUUAAAAUCCCAUCUUCUGUGGGUUCUGUGCGGAGCAUCUCGAGAUCCUUUGGCUUGAAAGCUGACUCUGGUUUUAGAGCAUCAGCAAACGUGUACAAGGUCAAGUUGGUUUGUCCAGAUGGUACAGAGCAUGAGUUUGAAGCACCUUCUGAUACUUACAUCCUCGAUGCAGCUGAGGAAGCUGGAGUGGAACUCCCUUAUUCGUGCAGGGCCGGUGCUUGCUCGACUUGUGCUGGGAAGAUAGAGUCAGGCUCUGUUGAUCAAUCUGACGGAUCUUUUCUGGACGACAACCAAAUGAAAGAGGGCUAUCUGCUUACUUGUGUUUCUUACCCAACCUCGGAUUGUGUGAUCCACACUCACAAGGAGAGUGAUCUUUACUAGGUAUCCUGGUUUUAAGUUAUGCUUCAGAUCUUGGUCUAAGGUAAAGCAGCUAUAUAAUGCUUUUGUCCUCUUGAGUGUCAGAACUAGGGUUAAAUCAAGAUACUUCUUUUGUUUCAUAAAUGCUUAUGUAAUGCAGCCUUCUUCUAAGUGCCUAUUGAUUCUAUAUCUGGCCUCGAGUCCUA